AUGGCGCCCGAGAAGCAGCCUUCAAUCAUGUACGGGCCUCGUGCCCCGGUGCCUCUGACCCUAACGUUUGGUCAGCUUCUGGACCACCAUGCCGAAACUCGACCAGACAGCCCGGCAGUGAUAUCCCAUGUUCAGGAUCGCACUAUUUCCUACCGACAGCUAUGCGACAGAAGUAUCAGUCUGGCCAAGGCCAUGGCACACGCUGGGAUCGGUCGAGGCAGUCUUGUUGGCAUCAUAUCCGGAACUCGCAUCGAAUACCUCGAGGUCUUCUUCGCGACGGCGAGACUAGGCGCGGCUUUGAUCCUCUUCAACUACGCGUACACUGAUUCUGAGAUGCUUGCCCUGAUGAAGGCCAUCAAACCGAAGAUGAUAUUCACGCCUCCAGGCUUUUCUCGCUACGACUACACCAAGGUCCUUCCCAAAGCUCAGUCAUCUAUACCGGAGGUCGAACACAUCAUCGUGUUUGAUGACAUCUUCCGGAAACACAGUCUGCCCUCGAAAUCUCUGAAACACCAGCAAUACGAGGCUUUCCUGGCGUCGAAGGCAUCAUCUUCUUGGUCUGAAGAUCCCAACAUCUCGCCUCAUGAUAUGGUCAACGUUCAAUUUACCUCUGGCAGCACUGGCUUGCCGAAAUCGGUCUCUCUGUCUCAUUACAACAUCAUGAACUGUGGCAGGAACAUCUGGCUACAGACAAGAUUGAAGAGUGAAGACAAGAUAUGCUGUCCUGUGCCCCUCUUCCACAGCUUUGGCAUGAUUGUUGCGAUCAGUACCAGCACAGUUGCCGGCUCAUCUCUGGUUUUCCCUUCUGAGCUCUUCGACCCCAACGCAGCAUUAGAGUGCAUCGAGCGUUACAGAUGCAGUGCACUCUACGGUGUCAAUACGAUGUUCAUCAGCGAGAUGUCGGCCAAGACCUUCAAGAAGACCAACAAAACAUCACUCAAGUUCGGCAUUGUGGCUGGCUCACCCAUGCCACCAGAGUUUUUGCGACGUGUCAUGAAAGAGUUUGAGAUACCUCGCAUCUACACCUGUUGGGGCAUGACAGAGCUUUCGUCCUUCGUGACCAUGAUGCACGAGACGGAUCCUUGGGACAAACGAAUAAACACCACUGGCCGUCUGUUUCCUCAUUUCAUUCUCAAGGUCGUGCAGCCCAACUCCGGCGAAGUUGUCCCGUGGGGCGAGCGAGGCGAGAUCGUGGUGAGCGGUUACGGCCAGAUGAGUGAAUAUAUAGGAAACAAGGAGAAGACGGAGGAGUCUUUGCGUUAUCAUAAGCAAGACCUCGAAGAAGGAGGAGUUGGAGGGCAAGGGGGCCGUGGUUCGAAGGAGUUGAGGCCAUGGAUGCACACUGGUGAUGAAGGCAUGUUGGACGACGAUGGCUACUUGGUGUUCACGGGACGCAUCAAGGAUCUGAUCAUCAGAGGUGGCGAGAACAUAGCACCACUCGAGAUCGAGGAAAGAUUGAACGGCAUGGAAGUCAUUGCGCAGGCGAGUGUGGUCGGGGUGCCGGAUGACAAGUACGGUGAGACUGUGGGAGCGUUCCUAGAGCUGAAAGAAGGCAUGGAUAGACCUUCAGACGAGGAUGUGAAGAAGUGGGUGAAGGAGGAGCUGGCACAUUUCAAAGUACCCAAAUACAUCUGGUGGCUGGGUGAUGGCAAAGUACCCGAGGACUGGCCCAAGACGAUGAGUGGCAAGGUGUCGAAGCCGGAGUUGAGGAAGCUCGUCGACGAGCUCGCGGCUGGCGAUGAAAAGCCCAAGGCCAAGCUAUAA